AUGAUAACGCCGACGUUCAAGGCGCGCUCUACAUCGCCAGCGGUGUGGAGGCCGGGAGUGCCGUCGCCUCCUGCGCCGGGUCCCGCGCCGUCGCCGCGCAGCCCCGGCGCCCCGCCGCCCCCGCCCCCGCCCGUUUGGACGCCGGGCAGCGCGGGCCCAUCACCACAAGCACCCCGGAAAUCCUUCCGCCCUGUACACUUCGAAGAAACACCGCCCACCCGCCGUAAAUUCGGGAACUUUGAACAGAACGGUUGCACGAGUGGAUCUGAGAGCGAAGGGCGGUUACGCACUUCGCACAGCGCUCCAGUAACUGGUCUCAAUUCACUGGGUACCAACACCGCUAGCCGGUUGCCUAAAGCGCAGAACCCUACAGUCACAUUGCUGCAAAAAGCACGAGAAGGGCAGAUUCCCCGCGUGUCGAGUUAUCUGCAGCAAGAAAGAGACAGUGCUCGUCUUCCUCGAGACAGACCCUCACCACCUCCAGGAGAUCCAGUGCAUGCCUUACGCAAGGAGUACGCCAGCGGUAGUGAAGCAGAACGUAGCGACUACGAGCGCGGCGGGCCGCGGAAGAUGGCCGAUGCCCCAAGGAAGGUGGAAGGAAUAGGACCCACUACCAAAGACGGAAUGCCAGUCGCACUCAGAUCUGAGGUGAAAGAUCCUUCGAGAUGGUACAAAAAGAUGUACGACACCAUUCAUAAAAACAAAUACGACGACGAUUAUGUGACAAUACGAUACAAAAACCGCCGAGGUCAACCACCCCAGCGGGUGAGCAACAAAUCGCAGUACGCGUACUUCGACCCACGGUCGGGUUACUUGAGUGAACCAGAGGGUGGUCUGAGCCGUCUGACGUCCUCCACGUGGAGCGACGCGUAUGACAGUGAUGUCACCACCGGCCCGAGAAGGAGAACCGCCUCGGUGCAAGAGGAGAGGAGAAUCAGCGACGCCGCUUCACCAUAUUUACCGAAUAACAAGUACAGUACUUUAGCCUCAGCUAGAGCAAGCCAUGAAGUUUAUAAAAACCAACCGGGAAGGAUAGAAAAUUAUGUGCCUGGAAAAUCUUCCGUAGUGGAUAAAGAAGCGAAACAGUGGUGGGACGAGGUCAUGGACAUUUUUGAUGGGCAAAACAUAUCAAGUACCACAUCACUCCCUCAAGCUUCUCCCAAAGAAAAAAAGGAUAUUACUUCUGCUAUUUUAUCAAAAUCAAAUAUGGCAAGAGCACUAAAAGAGUCGGGUUACGAAUCGGAUUCGACUCUUGUGUUCAGACGUCGCGAGGACAGCGAUGGGCCGUUAUCCCCUGCCGAAAGACGUGCGGCGUACAGAGACCUGCAAGCAGGGGGUGAACCACCCCUUAGAGGAUUCCGCUCACCAGCGCCACUUAGACAAGAGACCGACUCUGCACCCGAGCCUCCACGCAGGACGCCGUAUGGGAGCUAUUCAGAUACAGAAUCCCCACGGCGCUACCUGGAGAGCGACGUGAACAUCCACUACCGAUGUCCUGUGAGACACGACCCUCUGCCGUUGGUGCCAGAGCGCGAGCUGGCGCGGCAGCAGGCGGAACAUAUGAAGAAACUAUAUCGGGAACAAAAACGAAACAAGUACUUACAGGAACUACAAGAUAUGCAAAAUAGACGUCAUCAAGAUAACUUUACGCCAUCUCAAAAGAAUAUACUACCAUUGAACCGGUAUGAUGAAGCAGAAAGAGUCGUCGCCAGAGCUCUAUACGCUUUCAACGGACAAACCAAUAGGGAGCUGAGUUUCAGGAAAGGAGAUCUGAUCCACGUCAGAAGACAAAUAGACGCUAAUUGGUAUGAAGGUGAAAUACACGGGAGAAUAGGACUCUUUCCUUACAAUUAUGUUGAGAUAAUGAAAGGUGAAGUAGCGCAUUCUCCUAAGAAGCCAGCAGUGAUAGAAGGCAGAGCGAAGGCGAAAUUUGACUUCACCGCACAAACGAAUUUAGAGUUACCACUCAAGAAGGGAGAAGUGGUAGUAUUGACGAGACGAAUCGACCACAAUUGGUGGGAGGGACGCAACGGCAGCAAAACAGGCAUCUUCCCGGACAGUUACGUCACAGUCCUACAGGAACCUAGCCAAAGCAUACCAGAGUCUCAAUCAAGUAUUAAUACUGAAAAACCAGUUGCAUCCCCCGCUGCCCACGGUCUUCUAAACGGUACUGCCAAGAGGAGUAUGGGUGCGCACAGUUAUAUGCCACAACCAAACAACCCCGCGCUAUCUAACGCGCCGCCAGCCACACAACCCCUACCAGGUUACGUAGCAAAACCUGCGCAAGCGACGCUCACUCCUUCCGAGAGGGGUUACGGUCCACCGAGCGGAGCCGGAGUAGAUCUCAACAAUACAGAACCUUUAUACGUGGACACUAACGCCGAGGCUGUACCAUACCGUGCAAUGUACAAGUACCGGCCGCAGAACCCCGACGAGCUGGAGUUGAGCGAGGGCGACACCGUGUACGUGCUGGAGAAGUGCGACGACGGCUGGUACGUCGGCUCCAGCCAACGCACCGGCCGGUUCGGGACCUUCCCAGGUAAUUACGUUGAGCGCAUCUGA